UCAGCGUCGGCCAUUAUUGAUCAACGAGAGAAGGAAAUAAGAGAUAUUUAAGUAUCAAAGAGUAAUUUUAUUUAUCGGCUUGUGUCUUGUUGAAUUGCACCUAUGCAGUCAUGAGCUGGGGAUUAGAGUUGUGGGACCAGUAUGACAAUGUUGGUCAACACACAGAAAAAGGAAUAUAUUUUUGUGAGAAAUUCACUCACUUUCUGAAGGAACGCUGCACUAUAGAACAGGAGUACGCUCGCAGUCUCAAGAGAUUAGUGAAAAAUUUUCAACCAAAAAAGAAAGAAGAAAAUGAGUACCAGUUUUCGUGGGCGAAGGCGUUUGUGGACAUGAUAAAAGAGCUGCAUGACUUGGCGGGCCAGCAUGAAGUGAUAGCCGAGAAUCUCCAGGGGACGGUCUCCAAGGAGCUGCAUGUCCUCAUCUCAGAGUUGAAGCAGGAGAGAAGAAAGCACCUAGCCGAAGGUUCCAAACUGCAAGAGCAGUUACAGAGGUCUACUAAUUUAUUAGAGAGGUCAAAGCGACAGUAUGAAAGAGCCUUCAAAGAGUCAGAAAAAGCCUUGGAUAACUACCGUAAAGCAGAUGCUGAUAUUAAUCUAUCACGGGCCGAAGUGGAAAAAGAUCUUUGCAUGUUAAAACAGAAAGCUGAAAAAUACCGGGUUAUCAUGAACAGCAAGGCGACACAGUGUGAGGAAUGUAAAAACGAUUAUGCAUCCCAGCUACAGAACACGAACCUGUUCCAGCGCGAGUAUUACACCAGCCUUAUGCCAAAAGUGUUUCAGGAUUUGCAAGACAUAGAUGAAAAACGAAUUAACAAGAUCCAAGAGUUUAUAGGACAAUGUGCCAAUACUGAGCAUAAUGUGAUACCCAUUAUCAACACGUGUAUAGAGGGCAUGAAUAAAGCUGCUAAUUCUAUCAAUGCCAAAGAGGAUUCAAAAUUAGUAAUAGCGAGGUAUAAGUCUGGCUACUCGAUACCCGAGGACAUUCCAUUUGAAGACCUAAGUGUUGCUCAGACUAACGAGAACAAUCACACGGCUCCCAAACAGAAAACACCGGCAGAUAAAAACACAAUCAAGUCAGCCACCCUAUCCGGCAGACAGAAAACGAGAAAAGGCAUAUUCGGAAUUUUUAGCGGAUCCAAACAGACUGAUAAUCAGAAUGAAGAUUUUAGUGAUCUCCCUCCGAAUCAGCGGCGGCGAAAGUUACAGUCGAAGAUUGAUAAUAUAAAGAGAGAUAUGGCAAAGGAACAGGCAGAAAGAGAGGGCAUGCUGAAGAUGCGAGAUGUUUACGCCAGUAACACGGCCUUAGGCGAUCCCAGUUCACUAGAUAAAAAGAUUGAAGAAAAUGCUCAAAAAAUUGAUACCUUGCGUCACGAACUACAAAAAUUUGAGUCGUUCCUGGUGGAGUGUGACGGCAAACACCGGCGACACAGUGCGUCAGACGACUCGCUGUCACAGAGCGUCUCCGAGGGCAGUGUCCACCAGCAGGACCCCGAGCAGAAGCCGCCGAUCAACACAUCCAACAUGUAUCAAGCUGUCGAAGGAGAUUUUACGGACGGAGAUGAAUUUGACAACUAUUCUGUGAUCGGAACGUGUCGAGCUUUGUAUCCAUUUGACGGGAGCAGCGAGGGUUCGAUCCUGAUGAAUGAGAACGAGGAGAUGUACGUGUUGGAGCAGGACCAGGGGGACGGGUGGACUCGCGUGCGGCGGGACGACGGCUCCGAGGGAUUUGUUCCCACCUCAUACGUUUCCGUGCACCUGUACGAGUCGGACCAGGUGUGAUCGGGAGGACGACUCUGCCCGACGCUCAGCUCGACACUCACCGCUUCAUGGCCAGCUCCCGCUAACACAGGCAACAAACAGCUGCGGUGCUUGUCACGGCAAACAGUUAGUCAAAACUUUGAUGUCUUUGCAAGAAAAAACAACAUAGAUCCAAGACAACCCAGGACCAGUUCUGGGGUUUUUUUUGUUUUUUUUGUUUACAAUUGUUUUUACAGUUGUGUUUUUUAAGUUUUUGGGGGGGUUUUUGCUCAUAGCAAAAUAUUUUGUUGUCGGACACAAGUUCUGUUGAGGAGUAGACUUGCUUCCAGUAGGGACUUUGCGGUAUUGCAAUGUAAAUAAUCAUGCCUUUUCGUGUUUGCUUCCCGUGUCGUCGAAUGUGGGAAGUAAAUGGAGUGAUUAAUGACUAACUGUGUGUGGUGGUUACAAUUAAUGGAAACAAUCAGGUGGCUUUUUACCAGAACUGGGGAAAAGGAAAUUCUCUUUCGAUUAUUGCGUGUCUGGCAAAGCAGUUCCCGCAGUUACGGGGCCAACGUGUGCUUAUAUUCUCCAUAACACUGCAGUGGACUGGAGCUGGAAUUGUGCUGCCACUGGACAGUAGAUGAGAGGUUGGAGCUUACGGAACUGGUGUUUGACGUGCUGCUGUGUUUGCGGAACCAGGUUCAUGGUGGCAUUAACAUAGCAUAAAUCAUAAUUACUGCAAUUUUAACUUGAAUAUCAACAACACACGAUGAGCUGAUUUAUGGAAAUUGAACCCCCACAAUGGUCAAAUGUAUAAUAGUUUUUAAUGAGCAAAAUUUGUAUAGAUGCAGUUUGCCCCUGAAUUGUGCAAGAUGAUUGAAAUACACACAGGUGUGUCGGUGAUUCGUUUGUGGAACUUGUACUCUCAUUUAAUCCUUCAGUAAAAUCUACUUAAGCACGAUUAAGAGGAAAACCGAACCAACCGCAGAGGUUGUUGGCUGUGUGAGAGAGUGUGUAUUCAGAAUGAUCUUCGUGCAGAUGUUUUAAUGUAUUCAUUUUAAUUUCACACGUUUUAAGGCAUAAACUGCAAAUGUUGCUGAUGAAGAAAUUUUAAUGUGGUAUCUCUGCAUCACAUUUAAGCAUGUAAAAAAAAAAUGUUUUUAUACCUGCUUUUACUCCUCACAAUGUGCUGUUUACUGCAGGUGAAUUUGUCUUUGUGACGCUAUUAGAUGGUACGUUUUUAGCAAAUCGAUGCUUUGGCUUUUUAAAUGUUCGUCGUUUGAAAUAUUUGAAUAUUAGUCAUCUCCAAGAGACUUUGUGUUGAGCAUGUGCACAGCCUUCUUGCCUACAGCUUUGUGUGUCAGGUCACCUGACUGAUACUCUUGCAUUACUGGAUCACUGCAACCAGCCCCAAACACCGGUCUACGCAAUACAUGUAUAAAUUCAUUCAUUCAUUAUAAAAUUGUUAAACAUCAUUGUAGGAUGUAAGUUUGUUUACUUUUAGAUCUAUGAGUAUUUAAAAUUUGGGUAAACUGUUUGUGGGUUUUACAGAAAACAAAUUACAGGUAACACCGGUUCAUCUUGCUAACCGGUUUCUGCCAGAGGAUACGAAGGGUAAAAUUAUAUAUCCUAGAGUCUUGGAAAAUAAAUGUAUAUUGGGGUUUUUUUAGGUUUAGAAAUAUUAUAGUAAGAGAACUUCUGUUUAAAAUCUGUCAAAGUACAUGAAACACGGUGUCCAAUUAAAAAACAAAACCCAGAACCAUCUAGUAGGGCUGCUAUAGACCAGUUUGGUUUUUAUUACGUACCCUCAAAUUAUUUAUAUAUAAAAACUAACUCUUUGACAAAUAAUCCCAUUUCAUCUUGCUAACAUGUUAAAACCAUGUACCGGUAUAUGAUGUGUGAAUAUUUUUGUGCAAAUAAAACAUGAGUUCCACAAAACUCAAUUGUAUGAGAGCCAAGCAUCUGAAACUCAUUCUCGUCAUUGUCAGAGGAGUAGCUUUGAGUUCCAUUGGUGUAAAGAAGGGAAAAUUGAGAAACGAUUUUGAUAAUGAAAAUGAUUAAUCACUUGUACGUAUGAGAAGAAUGUAGAGCAUGGACCGAGAUAAACGUGUUGAAAUGAGAGUAAACAAACAGCAGUGUAUUGCAUUCAUUAUGCCGGGUGUUGGGGGAACACGUUUUCACGGAGGUAGGGCUCAUCCUGAGUUCACAUGUAAUCAAAGAUCAAGGUACUCGCUGCAUGGCCAAGUUUGUAACCAGUUUUAAUAUCUAUUCAUUAAUCUAACAUGUAAAAUAUCUAUGGUAUAGGAAAGUCAUACAACCAGUUAUUUUAUAUAAAAAAAAAAAAAAUUAAAUUCUAAAUACGGGUAGUAUUAUGAAUUUUAUUUUUUUAAUUUUCAAAACAGUAUUUAGUAGCAACUAGAUGGAAUUUUUAAAAUGUAUUUUCAGUGCCAAGAAUAAAGAUAAUUAAGGGCCAGUAAACUUUGUGGUAAUUCUGUUAUUGUAUCAUAUUGAUUUAGCAAAUUUUUAUCACAGGUUACUUAUAAGCAUUGUUUCAGUAAAAUUUGACUGGUUUAUUUAUGAAAAUUAUGCAUGGUGUCUGUGGGAUGGUGCAUAUAAAAGUUCCCUUGCUGCUAAUGGAAAAUGUAGGGGGUUUCCUCUCUAAGACUAUGUCACAAUGACCAAAUGUUUGACACCCAAUAGCUGAUAAUUAAUAAAUUAACGUGCUCUAGUGGUGGCGUUAAACAAAACAGACUAACAUUUAUGAAAAUUACCAAACCACAUUCAGCCAGUAAUAAAAUUGUCAUUUGUUCAUUCUUACAUUGCCGUGUUCUGAUGUAAUUUUAAAAACAUUGACACCUUGAAUUAAUAUGUUCGUUUACCGUAGUUACAAGACAACAACCUGAAAACCAUUACUGGCCCUUAAUUACUUUUGUUGAGUAUAAAAUCCUAAAUAGCACUUUAUAGUUUUAUCCUCCCACUCCCUUCCCCAGUCCUAACGAAGAAAUUCUGUCUGUACUAAUACCAACAUUCAUAGGAACUCAAAUAUACCACAUAUAGUUUUUAUCUUGUGUGCAUAGUUGUUGCCCUUUGUGUAAUUCCUUUGUAAAUUUGUACAUGAUUGAUUUUUACGAGCCGUGAUCAUUCCCUGUUUUAUGUUUCGUUGCUAUUUAAGGUGUUACCCGUUUUAGUGUUACCAUAGAGAGUGUUACUUUACGUUGACACAGCUGUACAACCAGUUGAAAAUUAUUUAAAUUUAUCCAUACUUUUUGAUGAUUGGUUAUCCAUUUUGAUUGACAUCUUGCCGAUGACGUGAUUAUGCCUGUUUUGUUAAACGUUCUCAUCCUGUGUUCCCAUACGUAUGCAAUUUAUGUUUGGAGUGUCAGCUCACCAGAUGAUAUUUUUGAGUUUAUUCAUAUUUUAAAAUUACAGACCAACCUAUUUUAUUGUUGUUGUUACUAUGUUAAGAACUAAUUAUUAAAAUGAAAUAUUUAAUUGCUCUCAGAAUAUUGGGGAAAUACUGCCCAACUUUAUAGUGUAAAUUUGCAUUUCCUAUGACGGUUGUAUUCUCUCUAUUCAAUGAUGUUACUGCUGUCCAGUUGUUGGUGAAGAUUACCGGGGUACAUUCUGUAUAGGAUCUUCAUCAACUGACGCUGUUUUAUUGGUGACCAACAACCCUUUUAUCAUUCAGUUCAAAAUCACUAAUGUCAAGAGAGAAAAGAACAGCUGUUGUAUAACACUAUUGAUUCAUGAUUAUCAUGUUUGAUAUUUUACUUUAUUAUAUACAUAGGCAUGAAAUAUAUACCAGUAUUCAAUUAUCUGCAGAACUAGUGAAAAUCAUAUCCAAAAUAACAAUUAAAAAUCAUAUGUUCUUUGUCCUGAUCUAAAAUAGUUUUGUUAGUUUAGUCUGAUCAUGAAGAUCCAAUUAUAUAUACGAGACACAAACUGUUAAGUGUUAAAAGUUUAGUAUGCAGUAGGACAUGGCCAGUCAUUUAAUGUUUUAUUUCAUAUAUAUAAAAAAGACUUUACAAAGAGUGCAAUGUACAUUUUCUGCACUUAAUCUUGUGAAGGUUGGCAGAGAGGUAGGAGUAACAUAUCACAAACGGCCUCGGUUAGUCGCUUGUCAGGAGCUUGUAUGUCUGUCCAUCAUUUACCAUGUGUGUGCAAGGCUGAUCUAGUUGUGUAUCAUUUUUGUUACUUGUUAUAUUUUACUUUGUGACAAAAAGUUUGUCGAAUGAACCAGAGAUAUACAUAGUUUGAUUAUUUUCAACUUUUAAUGAUAUUAACCAUAGAGGAACAGUCCUAUUGGGACUGUGGUAGUUCGGUUUGGUUUAUUUUCUUUAAUUCUCAAACGUCACAAAGUAUAUUACUGAUCAGUAUGUAUGUACCGGUAUAUGACACAAAUUGCAGUUACGCUGAUAGUGUAUAAAGUUUGAUGAUCUUACCCACCUGGCAAGACAAAAUCUGUUUAACUGAUAAACAAAUAUAUCGGUAGAUACGGCAGCGUAAAGGAUGAAUCAAAAUGACUGUGUAUAUUUUGAACCUAAUUUAUUUACUAACCAUUGUGAUUACAUGUUUGUUUGAUCAUUUUGUUAAAGUGCACAUGCCUGUGCUUAAAAUUGCAUGGUUGUAAAACGUAACAUGUCAACUGUUGUAAAGUCAUAAAAUCAGGAAUUAAUCAAAACUGCUUCAUUUUUAAUUGUACCUUCCAUACAACAUAUCCUACCUAAAGGAUUUUUGAACAUAGUUUUGAAGAAUUUAUUUUUAUUUUGUAUUUACUCUUAAAUAUUCUCCACAUUUUGGCAGUCAGAAAAUCAUUUCUUAUGUAUAGACAACACUCAAUGUUAUAGAUCUCUUUAAAGAAGAAAAGGAUAAAUAUGUCUUUGAAAUGGUUUGAAAACCGUAGCAUGGUAGAGCAUUAUUAUCAUGUCAGAAUGCAAUUCACUGAAAGUUGGAUCUGUAGUCAAACAAACAUUUAACAUAAAUUUAAUAUUUAGCUGCAGUUGUUUGAUUAAGGUUAGAUCAAGCAUAUGUUUGGGGUUUUAAAAAUCUUUUUGAAUAACUAUAAAUAUAGCUGAUUUUUAUAGAUAUGUAAAAUAGUGUUACCCUGAUAGAUGAUGUAUUUUGGUGUCUCUGAACCAUGUAGUUGAAGAUGAUAUGUUUCAAUAUUUCUGGUCAUAGUAACCAGGGUUUAAGGCAUCCGUCACCAAAACAGACCUGUCGUCAUUUAAGCUAGCCUGCUGCUUAUUUUAUCUUAAGCAUUUGCUUGCAUACAUUCACAUUUCACCCGGAUCACCUCGGAAGAUUUUCAUAACUAAUGUCACUUUUAACAUGUAAAACACAUCUCCCUUUUUCAUCAGUAGAAUAAAUACAUCGGUCAGGUGAAAUAUACCAAUUACAAUUUUCUAAGGAAUUUUAACUUGUUUUAUAAUUUGUUUAACUAGCUCAUAAACACUAAAAUUUGACAAAAGAUUUCGUGACCAAAAUCACCAACUAGAUUUUGUUGUGUAGUUUAAAUCAUGAGUAAGAUAGAUUUUAUCAUUAGCAACAGUUAGAGAAACUUCACUCUAGCUGUGAUUGUAAACAAAAAUGUGUUCCCUGUAAAUGUAGAUGAAAUUUGAGAAAUCACUGAGUGUUACCCACUUGCUAAGUGUUUUUCUUUAUUCCCAGUCAAGAAGUGCAUAGAGCAUGUAAUAAUUGCUUGUAGUCAGCACAAGUCUUCCUUGGACAUGUACUUUUAAAAACUGAUGUGCUAGUCUUACUGUGUAUCAUUUCAGUGUGUUAUCUCCAUAUAUCGUGUACUUAGUUUUAACUCAUUGUUUGUUGACCUCAACGUCAGUCAUCGUUUACUGGACAUUGAUGCUGUUACUGGUGCAGUCACACUGUUAUGUGAUAAACGUGGCAAUAAUAGACGUAUUACAUAGGUAUACCCAUAUUCACAAAACAUCGUAAGUCUAGUUUUACACGUAAACAUAAAUCUACGACUGAAGAGCUAUUCAUGAAACAAUGUAAAUGUAAGUUACGUGUAAAGUUGGGCGUAAAUAUAAGAGUGCCUCCGGUUACAACUAACGCUGCACGUAAGUCAUAUACAUACAAUAAAUCAAGCACGAUCGCCGUUAUUUACUAUUAUUUGCAGAAAAUGGCAGCAUUUCCAAUAAUUGAAGUAGUUUGCCAUCGCAAACGCCCAUGGAUUAACACAUUUUUGGGGUGAUUGAAUGGAUGUUAAUUAUUUUUUUUUAAGAAUGUCCUAAAGUUCAUACCAAAACGCAGAUCCUCACCAAUAUCAAAAUGCCAUGGUUCACCGUCCGCGAUGUUAUUGUCAGCAGACAACAAACGAAAUUUAGUUUGUACAUUUGUUAGUUACCCGGUAGCCAUCAUUUCUAACGUUUUUCUUUUAAUCUCUCCGGUGAGAGUUACAAUCGUAGAUUUACGUCCAACUAAGUUACAUUUACGUUUUACAACCGUCUUUGAGAAUAAGGUACUUCUUGCAUAUAAACGUAAAUCUACGGUAGAUGCAAGUGGUAGUUGUAGAUGUAACUUUACACCUUUUUGUGAAUAUGGGUCCAGGUUUACGCACUUCCGCAGUCUUUAACCCUUUCUUUUAUUGCUAACGCAGACAUUCAUUUUGUCUUGAUGCAUGAUAGUAUUAAUGAUUUCAAAAUGCUAAUUUAAUCUAACGUAAUGUACUAUAAUAUAAUGACAUUUGUACCAGUUGAAUAUAAACAUAAAAUUACUUGUUCUUGACUUAAUUUGACUUAAAUGUACAAUUACACUCAAUAAAGUGAGUUUUUUUUGUUUUUUAAUGUGUUUUUUCAUCCUAGGUAAAACCUGUAGUAAACAUACAAGAUAUAAUAAAUAACAUCUUCAUUAGAAAGUGAACUAUAGAAAUGUCCAUGUUAAACUUUAAAAAAAGUUAAAUUGAGAGUGAGGCUUGUUUGAAUUUAUUGUUUUUAUGCAAGGUUUAUAGUAGUUACAAACCAUGAAUUUAAAAUGCGAGGUACAUUUUUUACAGGUUUUAUUUUAAACAUACCGGUCGUACUGUUGUAAAGAAGUUUGCAAUGGGAUGAGCUUUAUUGGUCCGGCCCUUUUACUGCUUAUAUCUUUUAACUCACAUUUUUAGAACGGUUGUUUACCUUUUAUAUCAAACUUCAAACUGCCGGGUAUGUUGUUAUUGACAACGUUCAGAUUAUUAUUCAAAUUUUACUAUUUAUUAUGUAUUAAACAUUAACUUACUAACUUGGACACUGUAAUGUAAAGUUUUGUUAAUUUAAAAAAGAAAGAGGAAGAACAAAACGUUUAUAUGUAAAUAUUGCAGGUUUUGUAUCGUGUUUUUAGAUAAACUUGUCAGCUAUAUAUAUGUGGUAAGACGUUUUAUUUAUGACAAAAUGCCUCCCAACGGGUAGGGUCGAUGUUACGUGUUUACUAUGUGCUGCUAGUUACUGUCUGUAUGUUAAUGUAACUACUACUGUCCGUGUGUUAUAUAACUACCACAUUGUACAACUCUACGGCAGUCGAUGGAAUGAGUCGGCCAAUGUUUUAAACAGUAUUUCAUGUGGAAUGAGUGGAUUUGAGGUGACCGUUCAUCAAAUGAUCAUGUACAAAGCUAAUGUAAUUAAAGCUUGUAUGUAUACAGUAUCAUCUUACACAUGUAUUAUUAAAAGUUUUUUUUUAAAUCAUUA